AUGGCGGCUUUGGACGGCCAUGAACGGGCCAUCCAGUCCAGGGGAGUUACGAGCGGUUUUACUGCGGCGCGAACGGACGCUGGUUACCGGCUGUCUUAUUAUGCAGUAAAACAAAGACAUGGCGUACGAAAGCCGAGCCCGAGGGAUUUGUUUACGCCGCGCAAAGCCCGUUCCGGCCUGACGUUCAUUGUCAUUGUAAUUUAUGUUAAGGAGACCGCUUUGGUGCUGGUGACGGGC